GGCGCACAAGGCUCGGCUGCGCUCGGAGCGCACGCCUCUCCAUCCAAAGCCCACAUGCGCUAAGCCGGGACCAUGGAUGCCACCCUCUACCAGAUCAUAUUCGGGGAGCUGGCGGACUUAAACUGCACUUUGCUGGAAGCCUUUCCUGACACUUUUUGGGAAAACGCGUCAUUGUCCCAGCUGAGCGCAGACGAUUUCUAUUGCAAUGCCACCACGGAUGAGAUUGGCACCUGCUGGCCACGCAGCAGCACCGGGAAGACAGUGGAGAGACCCUGCCCCGAGUACAUCAAUGGGGUGAAGUACAACACCACCAGGAGUGCUUACAGAGAAUGUAUGGACAAUGGAACAUGGGCCCUAAAGAGCAAUUAUUCAAACUGCGAGCCCAUUUUGGAGGAGAAGAGAAAGUAUCCCGUGCAUUACAAGAUAGCGCUGAUCAUCAACUACCUGGGCCAUUGCAUCUCUGUGGGGGCGCUAUUAGUGGCCUUCAUCCUCUUCCUCUGCUUAAGGAGCAUCCGAUGUCUCCGCAACAUCAUCCACUGGAACCUGAUCACCACCUUCAUCCUGAGGAACGUCAUGUGGUUCCUGCUGCAGCUCAUAGACCACAACAUCCACGAGAGCAACGAGCCGUGGUGCCGCCUAAUCACGACCAUAUACAACUACUUUGUGGUCACCAACUUCUUCUGGAUGUUCGUGGAGGGCUGUUACCUCCACACCGCCAUCGUGAUGACCUACUCCACGGACAAGCUGCGAAAGUGGGUCUUCCUCUUCAUCGGCUGGUAUAUUCCAUGUCCAAUAAUAAUAGCCUGGAGCAUCGGGAAGCUGUACUAUGAAAACGAACAGUGUUGGUUUGGGAAGGAACCUGGAAAAUAUAUCGACUACAUUUACCAAGGACCUGUUAUUCUGGUGCUCCUGAUCAACUUUGUUUUCCUCUUCAACAUCGUCAGAAUCCUAAUGACCAAACUCCGAGCUUCAACCACAUCUGAGACCAUACAGUACAGAAAAGCGGUGAAAGCCACACUGGUGCUGCUUCCUCUGCUCGGCAUCACCUACAUGCUCUUCUUUGUCAACCCGGGGGAGGACGACAUCUCGCAGAUUGUCUUCAUCUAUUUCAACUCCUUCUUGCAGUCCUUCCAGGGCUUCUUUGUUUCGGUCUUCUAUUGCUUCCUAAACGGAGAGGUCCGCUCUGCGGUGAGGAAGAGGUGGCACCGCUGGCAGGACAAUCACGCCCUGAGGGUGCGAGUGGCCCGAGCCAUGUCCAUCCCCACUUCGCCCACAAGAGUCAGCUUCCACAGCAUCAAGCAGACCACAGCUGUGUGACACUGGGGAACAGGCACGCACACACACACUCUCUCACACACACACACACACUCACACACACUCACACACUCACACACACACACACACACACCGAUUGAAGGAUUAGACUUAAUCUUUCUUCUGCACAACAACGGAAGUCUGAUAGCCGCUAAUCCGCUAACGAGACGGCCGUGUGGCUACAGGCGAGAGGACUUUUCUUGCUGCCCGAUGAGAACAAUAACGCUGCAGGCUGAUGCAAAACAUAAGCAGGAUUCUGCAUCAUUAAUGCAUGUCAAAGCUGGGAAAUUCAAUGGUCUGAUCCAUCAGUUAAAUCAAGAACUUGCAGAAUGUAACACAAAGGCUAAGGAAAGAGAAAAGGUGUUAAAACUAUUAUAGUCAGCAGCCAUUUCUUUUCUGCCUUUCUUUUUUUCUUGUGAAAGUAGAGCAAAGGAUUAAGUUGGCGUGUCGGGAACAAUAUUCAUGGUCACUCAGACUUUUUCCUCUAAUUAAAGAAUCGUAGCUGUGCGACGGAGAGUUUGGUCUGUGAAUAAUUGACGUUUUAUUGUUAUUAAUAAAAUAAAAUAGUCAUGAAGUUUAUGUUACGGGGAAAAUAAGUGACAAGAAUCAAGUCGCACUAUUACGAUAAACGUGUGGUAAUGUCACAAGAAUAAUGUAACAAUACGAAGUAUGUGUAGCGAUGAUGAAAGGAAAACAUGUUGUGAGAAUACAGCAGUGAUAAUACAAGAACCAUGUUGUCAUGUUACUAGGGUUGCAAAAUUCCGGGAAUAUUAAAAAUUGGGAACUUUCCAUGGGAAUUAACGGGAAUAUUUGGGAAUGAAUGGGAAUAAACAUUGAAUACAACAUGCUAGAUCUUGCAGCAUGAUUAUUAGGUAAAACAACCUGAUUUAAUGCAAAUUCAGUUGAAUUUCAACCCUGCAUUGUGCAUUCCUCCAUCACGUGCACAGAUAAUUCCCAGCAUGCUACACACCACAGCAGGGCUAUUGAGGCCACACUAGUAUUUGAGCGAGGUGACUGUCGACAACAACACCCCGGUCUGCAGUAGAGACGGCGGAGCGGGGGUCCUCGCGACCUCUCCGCGGUCCCUGACGGUCGGGGCCGCGGCGCCUGGACCCGCGGCCUACACAGAAUUCAGGGGCUUCUUCAUCCAUCCCUGGUCUUUGUUCUCAGCCACACCAAAGCCCGAGAAAAGAAAAAAAACCCUAAGUGCCCCCCCCCCCCCUCUCCAACACUGUUCCAAUGUCCAUUUCUCUGAUGAUGCAAUUGUUGAUGACUGAAGUGUUGAUAUCAACCAAACCUAACCCACCGCCCCCCCCCCCCCCCUUUCCACAUCCCACACCCCGGAUUGUAAAUAAUGUAAAUAAUUCAAUGUAUAUACUCUGAUGAUUAUCUUGUGUGAUGACUGUAUUAUGAUGAUAGUGUAUAUACACUACCGUUCAAAAGUUUGGGGUCACAUUGAAAUGUCCUUAUUUUUGAAGGAAAAGCACUGUACUUUUCAAUGAAGAUAACUUUAAACUGGUCUUAACUUUAAAGAAAUACACUCUAUACAUUGCUAAUGUGGUAAAUGACUAUUUUAGCUGCAAAUGUCUGGUUUUCGGUGGAAUAUCUACAUAGGUGUAUAGAGGCCCUUUUCCAGCAACUAUCACUCCAGUGUUCUAAUGGUACAAUGUGUUUGCUCAUUGGCUCAGAAGGCUAAUUGAUGAUUAGAAAACCCUUGUGCAAUCAUGUUCACACAUCUGAAAACAGUUUAGCUCGUUACAGAAGCUACAAAACUGACCUUCUUUUGAGCAGAUUGAGUUUCUGGAGCAUCACAUUUGUGGGGUCAAUUAAACGCUCAAAAUGGCCAGAAAAAGAGAACUUUCAUCUGAAACUAGACAGUCUAUUCUUGUUCUUAGAAAUGAAGGCUAUUCCACAAAAUUGUUUGGGUGACCCCAAACUUUUGAACGGUAGUGUAUAUAGUAUCAUGAAUCAAUUUAAGUGGACCCCGACUUAAACAAGUUGAAAAACUUAUUCGGGUGUUACCAUUUAGUGGUCAAUUGUACAUAAUAUGUACUGCACUGUGCAAUCUACUAAUAAAAGUUUCAAUCAAGUUUCAAGAGAGCCCAACGACUUCAUCCAGUCAGAUAAGUGUUGAUGGUAUUACUGGGGUAAAUACAUUUGAUUUAUGGUAUUUAAGUUUAAUAGAGGUGUAAUUGCUGUAGACUACUCCGGCAGACUUCCACUCAAUCCAGCUAGCUGUUCCUGUACUUGUUAAAUGAUUUUGGGGCCAAUAUCUCUAGCUAGCUAAGUUUAUGUACCACCACAGUCUCAUAAUGAACCGAAAAUAUUUCUCCGUUAGCCGUGAUGCUAAUUUCCUCUAUUUUAAAUCCCAUUUGUUGAUGCUAACAAUGUUAGCGAUCCGAAUUGACCAUUUUUGUGAUCUGUAAAGUUCAACUAGCAAAUACUGAAUCAAAACGUGUAGUUUCCUCUGCCUUCUGUUCUGCUAGCCAUUCUGUUGUCAUACAAGAAUGUAGGUUAUUGUUUGAUUAAGCAUGCUGAUUGAGUGUUCAUUUAUUCAUCUAGCCUAUUUCUAUUCAUUUGUCCAUCAGUAAAACGGUGCCCAACUUUGAAUAAUCAAAAAAUGGUCAAUAUUCCCAAACUUCCCGAGCUUAACUUCCCGUGGUAAAUUUCCGGAAAGUUUCCGGAAAUUUACCGGAAACUUUCCACCCCUUUGCAACCCUACAUGUUACGAGGAAAAUUUAAUAUUACAAGAAUAAAGUGGUAAUGUCCCGAGUGUGUGAAUGUGAGUGUGAAAUUUGUGAAAGUUGUCUGUCUAUCUGAGU